AUGGAAUUGCAGGCCGGGCAACAUCCGAGCAUGCCUCCGCUUGAGGUGGCGCCCCCGCCGACUCAGAAAGCGCCCCCUGUGGUGGCGAAGCUGCCAAUACAGGAGGCCACCAAGCCCCCCUCGAAGCAAUCUUACGCCCUCCCCUCGCUGGAGGAGUUGUUCAAGGGAAGGCCCCGCAGUCUGCAGGACGAGGAGCGGCAGGAGUUGUGGAGUCGGGGCUUUGAGUUCGAUCUGGCACUGGUGUUCCCGAAUCCGGACUAUGUGGACUCACCAGGUUUGGGCACUUUGUGGCAACGCUUCUACUGCCUUCUUUUUGGGGCCUUUAAGGCGGCUGACCUCACGAAGGCCCGUCGAGGACUUUACCACGGAGAUGCUCGCCCUGUUCUUCACGAUUGCUUUUGCGGGAUCAACAAGGACUUCGCAGAGUCAACGAUCGAGGCUGCCUUCUUUGAAGCAUUUUUUCAGAUGCGACCUUACGAGAAGAAGGCGAAGAAGGCGCGGAAAAGCCAGGCACCCGCAGGUCCACCGGUGCCGGAAACCCCGCGGAAGUCGAAGAAAGCUGAAGAGGCUCGGCCUCGUGCUCUUGCACAUGGAGGAAGCUUCCGCCGGGUAGACGUCGAAGAGGUCGCCAGAGGUUCCAUCGUGGAUGAUUGUGAGAUGGGCUUGGCUUCCUACGAAGGUGCUGCAGAUGUACUUUACCAUCAUACCAUGGACCCGAACCUAUCGGGCUCCACGGACCUUCUGUCCCUGAUCCGCAACAUGCUUGUGGCAAUGCUUGCGCGUUCCGGUCUCAUAGUGGAGCUGGUCUUUUCCACGGACUUCCAGUGGAUCUACGCCCUAGUUUCUGCAAGCGAGACAGCGAUGGAGGACUUGGCCGUGAGGCACAACUACCCGCUGUCUGUGGACCUCGCCUGCGUGGACCCUGAGGCGGCAGAGCCUUGCACCCACCACUACAAGCUCCUGGCCGAUGUGUAUGCGAAGCACGGCUGCGUUGAGGUCAUGGAGCUCCUUUGUGCACUGCAAGCUCAGCCCCAGGAGGCCAUGGCAGUAAAGGAUGGGCGUGAAAAGCCUGCACUCUCCAGCCGCGAGGAGGUCAUGAAGGAGCCCUUCCUGUGGUACCUGCGCAGCCGAGUCAAGGGCCGUUCCAUCUGGGUAGCGAAGCACGAGGCUAACGAUGCUUGGCCCGAGCGAGAACCGGACUCCGGUCCGGUGCUACAGAACAGCUGGGACCGUCUUCUCAACUGCCCCGGCCCCGAGGCAGUUCGAGUUUCCGAUCAUCUUGCGACAAGCUCGACGCUGUCCUCUGCAAACGCUUUGCACAGAUUCCAGGCCAAGAGGCUGAACGGACAGCCGGCAAAAUCAGCCUUCUCAAGGCAGGAUCGGACGCUCCUGAUCCUGGCAGCACUCGGAGAGUUCUGCGAUGUCUUCAAACUGAUGCGUGAUGGCUACCUGAUCGACGUGCUUCCCAGCUAA